GAGCCGUGAGAUUGCCGUCGACGGGCCCGCUGUCAUCUGGCUCGCCCUGGCCAGGAUAGCCCGGAUGCGUGAUGAGAGACUGACGACGUGUUUGCUGAGCUCGUGAGUGCGGCGAUGAAGAAACGAAGCAGUGGUUGGCCGUUGUCGGAGAGCGAAAACAGGUCGAGAUGGGCUCUGGGGUGGCGAAGGAGCACGUUCAAGGACCCCCUGGACCCUUGAGCCGAGCCCAAUGGCAGUGCUGGAGGCUUUCUCCGCCCAUGACAUUGUCGCAAACGCCUCUCCCCACAAGCAAGCACAUAGAGGGGAUCCAUGACGGCCCCCGUCUAGAUGCAACAGCCUCACCUUUUGGCCAGCAGAGUUUUCACAGCGCCCGUCGAGGAAAAGAAGCACCGUCCAGUCAGAUGGGCGACAUGUCGACGGCACUACUGGUGCACACCUACUGGGGUUCUCCGCAUCUUGCCCAUAGCGCUGGGUCAUUCGCGCCUUGCCUCGUCAACCAACUAGCCAUAUCACCACGCCCCUCUCCUUCUGCCACUCCCCGACUCCUCCCUGGCGGCUUACCCUGCCUCGACUCAUCGACUCUUUUACGCUUCAGACCCUUCUCGGUAUCCCAAAUUGAAACCUGUUCGCUGCUCAAAAUCGUGUCAUCUGUGCGGGCCAUGUCCGUCUCUCCGCCCUGAACAUGGUCUCGUGACAUGCUUCCAUCUCGACACUGGUGCGUGCGGUCCACAGAGCCAAGCUUAGCUUCGCCUAUUCACUAGCACUGCAUUGGUUUUACGUUUGUUUCUGUGGCCUCGUCCC